ACUAAUUCGACGUUUUAAAGUUGCAGAGACGUGUUUUUUUCUACUUAUAGGGAUUUAUUGAGAAAGAAAAGGGGAAACUCUAUUUUAGUUCUAUAAGAUACCUAGAUUUCCAUUGAUUCUUAGGAAGUAGAGGUUAAUAUAAAGGUGGUAUUUUGCGAUCAUGGUGAGGAGAAUAGUAGAUUUAAGGUCUGAUACAGUCACAAAGCCAACUGAAGCUAUGAUAGCAGCCAUGGCUAACGCAGAGGUCGAUGAUGAUGUUUUGGGUUUUGACCCAACAGCUCAGAAGCUCGAAACCGAAGUGGCAAGAAUUGUGGGUAAAGAAGCAGCCCUUUUUGUGCCUUCUGGUACAAUGAGUAAUCUUAUUAGUAUUAUGGUUCACUGUGAGAUUAGAGGAAGUGAAGUGAUUUUGGGAGAUCAAAGCCAUAUUCAUCUUUUAGAGAAUGGAGGGAUUUCGACAAUUGGAUGUGCUCAUUCAAGAACAGUUCCGAACAAUUCGGAUGGAACCAUGGAUAUCAAUCUUAUUGAAGCUGCAAUCAGGGAUCCUACAGAGGCCAUGUAUUAUCCGACUACACGGCUUAUUUGCUUGGAGAAUACACAGGCUAACACCGGUGGUAGAUGCCUUUCAGUUGAAUACACUGAUAAAGUUGGUGAACUGGCCAAAAAACAUGGAUUAAAGUUACANAUUGAUGGAGCACGCAUUUUCAAUGCAUCAGUUGCUCUGGGGGUUCCUGUGGCUAGACUUGUUCAAGCUGCUGAUUCAGUUUCGGUGUGCUUAUCAAAAGGUUUGGGAGCUCCAGUUGGAUCAGUAAUUAUAGGGUCGAAAAACUUCAUCACAAAGGCAAAGAGGCUGAGGAAAACUCUUGGCGGUGCAAUGAGACAAGUCGGGAUAUUGUGUGCUGCUGCUCUCGUUGCGUUGCGAGAUAUUGUUCCAAAGCUUGAAGAAGAUCAUCAGAAAGCAAAGAUCUUAGCAGAUGGCUUGAACCACGUCAAGGGACUAAAAGUGGACUUAGCUUCAGUCGAGACGAACCUCGUGUUUUUCGAGAUUACAGACAAAAGGGUUACUGCAGAAAAAUUUUCACAGGUUCUGAAUGAUCGUGGCAUACUCGUGCUGCCCAUAAGUUCAUGCAGUAUUAGGAUUGUUUUGCAUCAUCAAAUCUCAUUCAGUGAUGUCCAGUACACCCUGUCAUACAUAACGCAAGCUGUGAUGGAGCUUGAAGCUGAAAGGCUUGAGAUAUGAAGCAUUGGGAAAGGCCUUGGAAUAAUCAUUCACCCAAGAGAAUGUUUAUACAAAUAUUCAGUGCCUAUAUCUUGGAUGAAAUCUUGAGUAAAUGGUCAAUGUUACAGAUUAAUUACAAACACUGUAGUGAGUCUAUUUCAUUUCUGCUUGUUGCAGCUUUGCCGUCCCAGAUAAAUACUGAUUCGUAUGCUGUC